GUACCUUUUGGCGGUGGAUUCGAUUUUUCCAGGCCUGAUCUUCGACGAUAAACAUGGCGGAUGAGAGAUUUAACAGGAAGAACCCGGCGGUGAAGAGAAUUUUGCAGGAGGUUAAGGAGAUGCAAGCUAAUCCUUGUGAUGAUUUCAUGUCUCUUCCCCUCGAGGAGAAUAUAUUUGAGUGGCAAUUCGCGAUCCGAGGUCCAAGUGACACUGAAUUUGAAGGUGGGAUAUAUCAUGGGAGGAUUCAGUUACCUGCUGACUAUCCUUUCAAACCUCCUUCAUUCAUGUUGUUGACCCCGAGUGGUCGUUUUGAAAUCAACACCAAGAUUUGCCUGAGCAUUUCUGAUUACCAUCCCGAGCAUUGGCAACCGUCAUGGAGUGUUCGGACUGCUUUGGUGGCUCUCAUUGCGUUCAUGCCUUCAAACCCCAAUGGAGCACUAGGCUCAGUAGAUUACCCAAAGGAGGAGAGACGUGCACUAGCCACUAAAUCACGCGAGUCCCCACCCAAAUAUGGUUCUCCUGAGCGUCAAAAACUUAUUGAUGAGAUUCAUCAAUACAUGCUCAGCAAGACACCUUCUGCUGCCAAACCUAAUCCUCAUGAAUGUGACAAAACUCCAUUGGCUGAUUUUGACAGUCAGUCCCAAACCAAGUCGCAGGACGCUGCAACGGCUAUAUCAGAACCUGAUACCGUGGCUGAAGAGAGUGUAGUUGAUCAAAUCGCGGAAGAGGCAGCUCAGACUGUUCUUCCAGGAGCGAAUGCAGCAGUGGAGAUUGCAGACGGAGAUAGCAGAAACGGUUUGGUGAGGCGGCAGGAGCAGCAGACCACUGUUGUCAGGACGGCUCAGAAACCGGGUGAUGACAGGCUGUUUACAUGGGCUGCGGUUGGACUCACAAUUGCGAUUGUGGUUCUCUUGCUGAAGAAGUUCGUAAGGUCAAGUGGUCAUGGUGCCGUGUUUAUGGACGAGUCGUGAAUGCUGAACUCAAACUGGGAGAUGGUCUAAAAAAGCAUCAAAAGUGGA